AUGCCACAUCGAGUAGUAGACUUUUUUAGGUCUUCUAACGACAGCAUUCACAAUAUUAAGGCGUCCGUACAACGGAGGAGCAAUCCCAACUCUCGAUCCGCCUCCAGAGAACGACCCACUGUAACUACGGUACUCGAAAGUGCCGCCGAUCAUACUCAAUCUUUGAUUUCCGCCGCACCUCCCGUAAAGAUGGCCGAACCUCCUAAGGAAAAACAUAAGGACUCUCAUAGUCACCAUCGCCUCAGUUUUCCAAGCUUGCAUCUUGGUGGAUCUAAAUCUUUCAGGGAGUCAUCACCCAAUCCCAAUGCGUCAUUAGACUGGAAAAUUGAGUCGCCACCAGUUGUCAUGCACGGCGAGCCGGAGAACAGCACAGGAGCCUUGAUUUCCGGUCAAUUAUUACUUGACGUCAAGGAGGAUGGCUUUGAAGUCGAGAAUUUCAGUGCCAGGUUAAAUAUUCAUGUCACACAGAAAAGACCAUUUGCAGGGCAUUGCCAGCAAUGUUCGAAUCGAACGACAGAGCUCAAGUCUUGGACAUUCUUGAGCGAGCCAACGAUUCUUUCUAAGCGCGUUCACGAAUUUCCUUUCUCUGUUUUAUUAGAUGGACAUCUACCUGCGACAACGGACAACGCGAUUGUUGCUAUUCGAUACGAGUUCUUCGCGGAGGCUACGCCCCGAACUGGGCCUACUAUCAAGCUCACGAAGAAUAUCGACGUAAAGCGAUCACUCCAAGUACCAGAACUGCCCCACCACAGCAUUCGCAUAUUCCCCCCAACCAACAUUGCAGCUAGCGUACACUUCACGCAAGUUGUACAUCCCAUUAGCACUAAUACAUUUACCAUGCGCCUUGACGGUAUCGUCAAGCAUAACCCUGAUGUUAAGACUGUGGAGUAUUGGAAGCUAAAACGGCUCUCAUGGAAGCUCGAAGAAAAUAUGGAGACCGUAGCGCCGGCAUGUGAGAAGCAUGCGCCAAAAGAUCCAGAAACCGGCUUGCCGACAAAGAAGGGCUCAAAGCGCAGCGACGCACGUAUAAUAGCGCAUGCAGAUAUGCAUAGCGGCUGGAAGUCGGACUACUCUCCAUCUGGGUGUAUUGAGAUGGAAGUCCAGUAUCAGAUUGCACCUGGUACAAAGACUGUGUGUGAUAUGAAGAGCGAAGAUGGCACCCAAAUUACACACCAAUUAGUUGUGGAGAUGGUUGUUGUCCAAGAAUACGCACCUACUGCCCACCCUAAACACAUCACGCCUACUGGAGUGGCACGUAUAUUACGAAUGCACUUCGGUGUCGUGAUAACAGAGAGGGCAGGGUUGGGUGUCAGCUGGGACAACGAGGCACCUCCAAUCUACCAAGAUGUUCCGCCUUCACCCCCUUCCUACUCGUGCGACAUACCCUACUCUAGCAUCGAGAGUGUCGAGGAUUUAACACUAAGUCGACGAAGUCAGGAGGUUGGGAGCAGGGCCCAGAGUCCAGCAUAUGAGGAGCGAGCACCGUCAAGCGCGGGAGCCGAUGAGGCCGCACGUUAG